AUCACACCAGGUCGUCCCAUUCCCAAGCCCAAGACCAACAUUUUAUCUCACCGGUGAUACAACUCCUGAACUCCCGGGAGACAUGGACGACUUUCGUUAUUCUGUCUUGUUUUUCCUGCGUUGAUAUACCCUGGUACCCUGGCCAACCUUGAUUUUCAUUUUCGUUCCACCAUGGCCGUCGCCCACUCUGAUGGCGAUACGGAAGGAAACCUCCUUCGUCCGCGUCCUUUGAGGGCCUUGCCUGAAGCAUUGCGGGCAGCCGGUAGUCACGGCCUGAAUGGUUUCACCGAAGCUCCUUCUGGGAUUUCGAGUGGUCGAUCGACACCCAUACCUCAAGAUGCGCCUCCUUCGGUGCAGUCCAUUUCCUCCGCUCGGAAGCAGGCUCGAGCCCAGGCUAAACACCGCCUGUACCACACGAUCGUGUACAAGAACCGAGUCUCUCACUUCGACCCCCGCAGCGACUAUCGGGAUUUCCGAGGCUUCUUUGUCCUCUUCUGGAUCAGUCUGACCAUCAUGGUCAUCACGACCGGACUGCGGAACAUUAAAGAGACAGGAUACCCAUUGCGGGUACAAGUGUACGAGUUAUUGUCGAGGAACGUGGUGUCCAUGGCUCUGAGUGACGCCGUCAUGGUCUCGAGUACCGCCUUGAGUCUGGUCAUCCAGCGAUGGGUGCAGGGUCAGACCGGAAUCUUGCGCUGGAAACGGGCAGGGAUCUGGAUCCAGAGCAUAUACCAGGCGGUGUGGCUCAUGCUUUGGGUGGAAUGGCCGUUCCUGCUCGGCUGGACGUGGACGGCGCAGGUCUUUUUCGCUCUCCACACCCUGACCUUUUUGAUGAAGAUGCACUCCUACGCCUUCUACAACGGCCACCUCAGCGAGACCCAACGACGCCUGCACGAGCUCGACAAGCCCGAGACCGCCGACCGGGCGAAAGCCGUCAUCUACCCCAGCUCGCCGUCACGGCAGUCGCACGAGAGCGACCCCGACAGUGGCAGCGAAAAGAGCGCCGAGGAAUCCCUGGAAGAGCUCUCCCAGCUCCGGCAGGACCUGGCCACCGAGUUGACCUCCCCCUUGGGCCGGGUCACCUACCCCGAGAACCUGACGCUGGCCAACUACGUCGACUACAUCCUCUGUCCGACGCUGUGCUACGAACUCGAGUACCCCCGGACUCCGCACAUUCGCUGGCUCGAACUGUCGCAAAAGACGCUGGCCGUUUUCGGCUGCAUCUUCCUCAUGAUCACCGUGAGCGAGGAGUUCAUCACGCCCGUGCUGGCCGAGUCGGCGGUCCGUCUGCGCAACAGUACCUCGUUCGCCGACAGUGCGCUGGUGUUGUCGGAGACCACCAGCAUGAUGUUGUUCCCCUUCAUGAUCACCUUCCUGUUGGUCUUUUUGGUCAUUUGGGAGUACAUUCUCGGCGCAUUCGCCGAAAUCACCUGCUUCGCCGACCGACACUUCUACUCGGACUGGUGGAACAGCAGCGACUGGCUCGAGUUCUCUCGGGAGUGGAACAUACCCGUCUACCACUUCCUCCGGCGCCACGUCUUUUUUUCGUCCAAAUCCUACGUCUCGACCCCCAUAGCCAUGACCAUCACUUUCCUGAUCAGCGCCCUGGGUCACGAACUCAUCAUGGGCUGCAUCACCAAGAAACUCCGCGGUUACGGGUUCGUGGCCAUGAUGCUGCAACUCCCCAUCGUCGCAAUCCAGCGGAGCCCCCUGAUCCGAGGUCGGUGGGUCUUCAACAAUGCCGCGUUCUGGUUCAGUAUGGUUCUCGGUCUCAGCGGCAUGUGUAGCUUGUACGUGCUCGUUUGAGGAGACGAGCGGAGUCGAGACGAGAGAAUGAGACAUUGUCUCCCCCCCAAAAAACGGAUGAUGAUGUUCAUAGUGACGAGUAAGCACCAACGGAAAAACUUGGUGCCCCCAACACUUUGCGAAUGCGGAUGCGAAUGCGUGUAGGACGAAAGGAUGACCAGUCGGCUGACCACUCUUGUUCCUACCUACAUAAAUCAUGCCCUCGGAGCAGGCAUCCUACCCUGCCCGCUGCCUAGCUACAAUGAAGGCUGGCUGUUCUAAUGUGUAAAACUAUUUUUUCGGAAGAUUGUCGAUAUUUUCUUCUUUGGAAAAGAAGAGUCAAACAAUCAUCAUAAAAGGUACAUACCCAGAUAUACAUACGAUCUUCUUCGCCGCCUAAAAGAUGAAACCAACCUAUUGUACGGAAC